CCCCCCUCGGUGGGGCGCUUUCUUUCCUCCGCCUUUCCUCGCUCUUUCAAACUGUUCCGCCCUUCCUCCCAAGUGGAUGGGGCAGGGAUGGCCCCUGCUUUAUUCUAACACAGACUCUUUGGGAAGCUGAAGGAGGCGAUUCUCUGCAGUUUCUUCUGCGGCGGCUCCAUCUCGAUCGCAGGGCAGAGGCGGCGGGGGCCUGCCACCAGCAUCGCCUGAGGAGUUUGUGAGCUUUCAGUUUCCCCUUCUGCGGGGUCCGGCUGGCUUUACAACCUCUCCUGCAACACCGACCGCCCUCGGCUCGGCGGCCGCGCCGCAGCACCGCUUGGAUUGGCCGCUUGUUUUUUUUUUCCUCUUCGCUGUGGCUCGGGCCGUAGCGCAUCCACCGCCCAGGAACAGGAAGGACGAGAAACCCUCCCCACGAAGUCUCCUCCAAGACGCGCUCUCCGCAGCCGAGCAGGCGCCCGGACUCCUCGGGGCUCGCGCGCCGCCCUUCCGCCCGGGGAGAGCGGCAAAGUUUGUACUUGCAGCGCGGAUUCGCCUCGCGGCGCCGGGGGGAGAUUUGCUGCUGCUGCUGCCCCAUCCUCCCGCGCUUACCUGACCCGGCUGCAGCUGCCUGCCGCGCCGGAGGGCUGCGAAGCCAGGCCGCCCAGUGAUCCCCUCCCCACAUGUGCCGCCGGCCACCAAGUAACUUUGCGAGAGGCCGGAGAGCGGUGCCUUGAGAGAAGCCCCUGCUAGCCGCCUUCCGGCGCCGGUGUAUGUCUCCCCGUGGGCUCCGCACUGCACUCCCGGUGAAUGUUCACCGCCCGCCGCCCGCUGCUGCUGCCGCCGCCGCCUCCUGGCUCGGCUCCCCCCUCCCCCUGCCGGGGUGACUAAGCUCCAGCCGCUCCUGAAGGGAUCCCAGGACCCCACGCUCUGGGGGGGGCGUCUCGCUGCGGCUAGUCAGGGCAGCUUCCUGGCCGCCCCUUCCCUGUGCGCGCCUGUGACUCGAUUGACUGACUGAUUCCCCCGGGGGGGGCGUGGGCCGGGACUCCGUGAUGUUGCACGUGGAGAUGUUGAUGCUGGUGUUGCUGGUGCUCUGGAUGUGUGUGUUCAGCCAGGAUCCCGGCUCCAAGGCGGUGGCUGAUCGCUAUGCAGUCUAUUGGAACAGCACCAACCCCAGAUUCCAGAGGGGUGACUACCACAUUGACGUCUGCAUCAAUGAUUAUCUGGAUGUGUUCUGCCCUCAUUAUGAGGAUUCUGUGCCAGAAGAUAAGACUGAACGCUACGUUCUUUAUAUGGUUAACUUCGAUGGCUACAGCUCCUGUGAUCACACCUCCAAAGGAUUCAAGAGGUGGGAAUGUAAUCGGCCACACUCCCCGAAUGGUCCAUUGAAGUUCUCAGAAAAAUUCCAGCUCUUCACUCCCUUCUCACUAGGAUUUGAGUUUAGACCAGGCCGGGAAUAUUUCUACAUCUCUUCUGCUAUCCCGGAUAAUGGAAGGAGGUCCUGUCUAAAGCUUAAAGUCUUUGUGCGGCCAGCAAACAGCUGUAUGAAAACUAUAGGUGUUCAUGAUCGUGUUUUCGAUGUUAACGACAAAGUAGAAAAUUCAUUAGAACCAGCAGAUGAUACCGUACAUGAGUCUGCCGAGCCAUCCCGCGGUGAAAAUGCAGCACAUGCACCGAGGAUAUCCAGUCGGCUUUUGGCAACCCUACUGUUCCUCCUGGCGAUGCUUUUGACAUUAUAGCACAGUAUAUUCCAGUAACCUGUCACAGAAAACAUCAGGGUCUUGGAACAUCAAAGAUCCACCUAACUGCUCCUCCCAAGAAAGGGACUUUAUAUUGGUUUUGCAGAUGUCAUAUUGGGGUUUUUGGUUGGUUUUUGUUGUUGUUUUUUCUUUCAGCCUGAACUAUGAGCAAGAAUUUGAGAGGAAUAACUAGUUUCAGUCCCCAACCUUUCCCAGUGACUUUCCUUCACCCCUCUAAAAAUCAAAGGACUCAAAGUGAAAAUGCCAAAUUAUAACAGUGAUACUAGUGAUUCUUAUUUUCCUCUGCGUUCUCCUUUAAGAAGUCACCUCCGCUAGCUCACUGUGUCAUCUGUAUGUGGAUACGGAAGAAUAGUGGCAGAUGCAGUCAGUGAAUGAUAAGGAACCUGAGUGGAAGCCCAGGAGGGUUUUACUCUCCAAUACAAUAUUUAUGCCUUCUUGUUCAGUACUGUAAGAUGAUCAUGCAAGGCAUCAUGUCACCCUGUCAGAACUGGAAGGGAGAUAUUAAGAACUGAUAUGAUAUAACACUAUUUCCUCUAGGAGUUUCUAAAUGAACAGGCUUCUAAAAGGAAGAGACACUGUAUCUUUUAAGAUUGUCUUGAAAUAUCAUUGACAGUAAAAACCUAUGUUCUGAAAUAGAAGCUCUGUCUUUAGAAAACAAUUAAUAUUUAGGAAUGUUAACACACAGUAAGCAAGUUCAGAUUUAAGAAACUUUGCUGGGGGUGUGAGUGCCUCUAUUGUUUCCAUUUCAGUGGGUAGUGCACACCAGAUAAUUUUCUUUCAAAACAGAUCACCAUGGUGCUACAAUUUUUUUUCUUGAAAUGCAAAGAGGCAUUUUUUUGUGAAUAAAGUGACCUUCCCCAGGGCUGACUUAAUAGCUGAUAGCCUUGUAUACAGCUCUGGGUGUCAAUAUCUUCUAAGGAGAGGACUUCAGUGGCCAGAGGAAACAUGUUUGGGACGCUGGACGUCCAGUGUGCUCUUGAUUUGUCUCCCCUGCAAAUUCCACCACCAUGGGAGUUAAAAAAAAAAGCCAAAAGAAGCUGAAACAGUCAAUUGGCAUUUGGGGGGUGGGAGUGUUUGAAAGUAUGGAAUACAAAUUAAAGUGUUGUUUUUAUAUCUUUCCCUUUCCAACAUGGUUUGAAGAGUAGAGGAAAUAUGUUUAGCGGCAGGAGAUAAACCAGAUGGGCUCCCAAAGACUUUAGCAAAAUAUUUUUUUAAAAAUCCACUAGAAUAGAAAAUACAUUAUUUAGAUAUACUUUAUGCUGAAAGUGAGUAUAUAUGCUUGUCCUAUUUAAGCGUGAGAAAAGUGGUAACCCUUGAUGCAAUUAGAAAAUGAGAACUGUUUGGAUUGAUGAAAUUGGGGGAUGACCCUGUUUAAGAAAUCUGAGCAGGCCAAGAAAGGACUUGAGAAGUCAUUCACCAGGAAAUGCAAGCCAUGGGGUUUCUAUUGGUGAGGCUGCCAUGGUCUAUGAACUCUGAAGCAUAGUCAGGGUAAUGUAUCAGGCCAAUAUCAAAACAAAGCCUUUAAAAGAAAAACUGAUUAUUAUGAUUAUUUGAAUGUGAAAGAAAUGGAACACAUUCCAACAAAACAAACCAUUUAAUGUAUCAGUUUCACAGGAAAAAAAGUAGUUAAAAUUAAUAGGGGUUGUUAAUGGGCUGAAUUUUGUGAAUAUGAUUAUGAAAUCAUAGAGCUGCUGCUUAGAAUUUUAAACAGUCCAUGAUCCAAAAAAGAGAAAACAAAGUGGUAUACGUGUUAAACUAAAAUCCGGGGUUGCCUCAUACUCUACAGCAGGGGUAGUCAAUUAUUUUUUGUCAAAGUCCAUAUUUCUUGGUCAAGGUAUAAUCAAGGUCCAGACUCCAGUGUAAAUAAUUUUAAAAAAACUCCACUAAUUAUAUUAAUAAGUAAAAAUACUUCACGGUCUGUUCAAAAGCAACUGGCCAUCCAGAUUUGGCCCACAGUCCAUUUACUGACUACCCCUGCCACAUAGUAUGGAUAUUGAUGCAGAUGCUGACCUUGAGUCAUGAUUAAGGAAAUUUCUCAAACACACACAAUGAAAAAACACAGUCCGGACACUGAAGAAAAUCACCAUUUCAUUACAAUAUUGUCAGUAAAUUUCUCUUUCUCCAGCAUGUUUUCUUCAACUAAGAAUUAGUUAGGGUUGGUCCUGCUUUUGGGCAGGAGGUUGGACUCAAUGACCUCUUGAGGUUUCUUCCAACCCUAUGAUUCUAUGAUUCCAGAACUUUGGGAGAGGUAGGCUUAAGGAUGAAAACCAACCCCAUAAUAGACAGAGAAUAGAUAAUAUUGCAAGGUAAACAUAUUUUAAAAGAUUCAUAUUGGUUGCAAUUAGUCACAAUGAUACUGCUGAUUUUCUUUUUGAAGUGGUGAAUUUCAUUGUGUCCUAUCAUUUGUGUAUGAAUGAUAAUGGACUUUCAAAACCAUGAGGGUAGUUUGACUUCUGUAUUUGGGGGGGGUGGGGGUCAUUCCAGUCAGCUCAAUGGGGCCACGCGUGGGGGGAAGGAUUGUGAGGUGCCAGAUUCUGUGCCUGUCUGACUGGAGUGUCCCUUGCAGAGAGUGAGGUGGGGGAACAGUACCCCCCAUCUCCUACAAACUAUGCCCAUGCUGAAAAGCCGCAAUUAUCAACAGCAAACUGUUUUUACUAGUGUAUUCCAUAGUGAAAUUCAAUCCUUUAUUUUACCAGAUUGCCAAUGCUUAAUUAAUUAAUCAUAGCAAGACUAUCACAUCUAACAGACUACUACACUGCACAGAAUAAUAUAACUGUGAAUUGCAAGCUUACUGAACAUCAGCUUGGAUACUUGAUGGCAUCAGGCAAUCCCUGUCAUAUCAAGUGAGCAAGCACUGUAAACCACUGAAUCUCUGGUGUUUCUUGUGUUGAGUUACAAAACUCCGGAAGCUUUGAAGGAUUAUGGUGGAAGUUUAAGCAGCUGACAACACCCCCAACCCUGCACAACACCCCCACCCUCUGAAGUCCGAGGGACUAAUUCUGCAACAGCCAUCUCUCUGCCCAGACACUUCACCCCUGUGACCUGCACUCCUGGUUGCCAAGGGCUUUGCAACAUGAAGCAGGGAAAUAAGGAUCAGUCUGUUUAGUGGAUACUAUGUAUCCUUUAAUAGACACAAGGUAACAUUUCGUGUUAGUUUAGAAUAUUGUUUUGUACUGUACUUUCUUGAAUGGCAAAGGAAAGACAAGUAAAACUUAAAAAAAAAUGCUAUGUUCUUUAAAUUCUGUAUUUAGCAACCUCUGUUGUAUAUAGUGUUUGAUAAUAAAGUAUUAAUUUGAUUCUUAUGUCUUUUGUAAGUGAGAACAAUAGACUUUCAGGAUAUUAAAAAAAUUGCAUUGAUUAUAAGACAGAGCUUUGAAGCAUCAAGUGUAAUCAUGGCUGAGAACUGAGUUAUAAGGGGCCAUGACUCUGCAUCAUACAGGACUCAUCUGUGAAAACUGUUCACCUGAUCUCAAGACUUCACAAUGUCAAGACCUAGAACAACAUGACUUUUGAUUAUCAAUGUUUUGUCCUCAGUGUUUAAAGGUCUGAUGUUAUGUGAUUUUUUGUGUGUUUGGUUUUUGUUCUGUUUUGUUUUUUUAACAUGUUGUUUUCUAAAAGGCUUUGGGGAUUGUACAACUCUUCUAUUCCAUUAGGGUU